AUGCAACAGGAUGUCGAAGAGCUGCGGAGGGGUCUGCAGCAAAUUGCCACUCAAGCGGCCUCUGGCUCCUCCCAGGCCAACAACGCACAAGCUGACGACGACAUGGACAUGAUGGAGGGCGACAUGGGGCCAGACGAACUGGCGGCCUUGGGGGCAGCUGAGGCCGCGGCACUUGUGGCAACAAACAGUACCACCCAGCUCUCCACCGUGAUGAGGGACGGAAUAAGCGGACUCAUCGACUGCGUCAGUACCAUUGAAAUACCGCCCAAGUUCGUUUUCGCUGCGCUCGUCAGACUGUACGACUCAUCCGGCGACGCUCGCAUGCUCGAGAAAUGGGAGCGCUUCCAGAAACAAGGCCUGCUCGACCAGAGCUACUGCUUGCAUGGUAUUCUGUACUGGGGCCAUGACGACCAUCGUGUAGCCAACGCCAGUGCCAAAAAAGGCCCCAGUGUUGUUGCAGGACGAAUCUGA